AUGGAGAAACGUCGUCUCCUCCUCUCGUCGACGUAGUACUGCUUAUCAACCUAUCAGCAAGCUAACCCCGCCCCCACAGCCAGGAAGCAAGCAGCUCUGGCGACUAAGUGCGGAUCCGAGACUAGAUUGAUACUAGACUCGGUAUCAUUACGACGAAUACGGCAAUAGAAACAAUGAACUUGCAUGAUACUUGAAGGGAAUAUACAAUUAGCUUUAUCUUGGCUGCAGUACCCCUUUCAUUUGAUACCUGUCGUGUUCUGUACUCAACACCAAUUUACCAGACAAAGAAGACUGUGGGGAGACAUUCACCCCCCCGCCUCCUCAAAGGUUGUCUUUAAACCUUUCUGUUCUUUUUUUUGAAGAACCUUGUUGGUUUGAUAUUUUUGGCAGUAGUGGACUGAUAUACCGAACAGCAAAGUGGAUUUAACGGGACCGUCGCCGCUGUCCACCUUAUCUCCAAGAUGCUAAUGGUGUCUCCGCGGUUACCAGUCGACACACCUCGCAUGGAGCCCGUACUGUCUGGAUCACUGAAGAGGAGGCUGACUGCGACCGAGGGGCCCUACCAGGGAGGUUUACGGCAGGGCCAAGGGCCCGGUAACGGCCCAGGUCUUGGUCUGAACGGUACCUCCUACGGUACCUCCAUGACUCAGGGUCCUGGGGUGCCUGCCAAGCGACUCUGCCUGGAAGAUGUGACCCUCGCCAUGGGUAGCAGCUUCCAGCAAAGUCUUUACUCUGGAGGACAGAGUUCUGGAGGUCAUGGGGGUCCUGGAAGUCAGGGAUUACUGGAAGGUAACAGGCUGGGGAACGGUAACCCCGGGCUGGGGUCGUCUUACUCAAUGCCCCCUAAGGCGAGUCCAGGGUCUGCGGGUGUUGGUGGAGGACAUUUUCACCCCAAUGGAAGCUCCUCGUCGGCCCCAUCGGUUGAGCAGGAGCUGCAAGAUAUUCUGGAUGAACUGACUAAGAACCCAGAUCCGUCGUUGACGGAGUUGGAUCUUGACAAGAUACUGGGGAAUAAAGAGGAGCAGAAUCAGAAUCAAGGACAUGGGCCGGGGUAUAUCCACCCACACUCGCCCAAACGCUCCCCCCAGAGACCCACCUCUCACCUGGAGAGCCACCUCACCCGUUCCCCAGGCUUUCCCCAGGCCGGGUCUCCCCAAGUAGGCCCGAGUCCAGCUGGAGCUCCCUACUCCAUCCCCCACCCCUCCAAACCAGUCCCCUCACCCCUAUCGGCCUCUCCUCAUCACUCCUCUUCAUCCCAGAAUCAAGCUCGUUCUCCAAUGCUCUCAGCCGCCCUUUCGUCUCGACCCGGUUCCACGUGGCACGAAGUAUCGCGAGCCCAACAGCUCCAGCAAAUGGCGUCCAACUCCAACAAACACCUUUCUUCUAACACCCCUAUCCAGCAGAACCAGUCCCAGAACCAGACCCAGGUCUCUAUCCCUCCUCUAUCCCAGCAAGGCUCACCCUGGGGCGGCCAGAAACUGCCCAACCUCCCCAAUUCCUCCCCACUCCACCAGCAACCAUUCAGCCCGGCUGGAAGCAUCCAGAGCCCCCAGGGAUCGCUGAGUCUCCCAUCCGCUGGUCCUUCACCACCCUACCACCCAGAGAAGCUAGGCAGUCCGGCUAUCGCCCAACCCCCCUUCAGCCCACAGAGUACCCUCCUACCUGGAGGAACGACCACCACAUCCAGCACUUCAUCCAACAUCCAGGGGUCCCAGGCCAACUUCAUGCCCAGCGGAGUUGCACCGACAUCGGGCGCCACAAGGCCCUCGCCCCCCUACAGGACGGACAAGCCCCAUGUUAGUCCGUUGCUUCAACCCCAGCCUCAACCUCAACCCCAGAACCAACCCCAAACCCAACAUCCACAUCCAUACAGCACCCAGAACGGGUCAGGACCAAACAACAAUAUGUCUAGUCAGCUCUACAAAGCCAUGACUGCAGGUCAACCCAGCAGCCUCAAGCUACUAAUGCAGCAACAACAACAACAACAGUCGAACACACAGCAGCUACAGACUAACGCCCAGCUAGGACAACACCCGGCCAUGUCCAAACCAGGCAGUGGUGGCAGUGUACCCCACCAAGAACCCCCAUACUCCUUCACUAACACCAAACCCCUUCGCCACUUUGACCCCAACCCGGACCACCAAGGAGGACAGCAGCAGAAGAUGGGGGGAGGGGGACCCCCUGGACAGGGACCCCCCAACCCCAUGGCAGGUUAUCGGGGAAUGCAGCAUGGGGGUGCUGCCGGAACAGCAGCAUCUGUAGCAGCGAACCACGCCCAUUUACUACAGCAGAGGAUGCAGCAGAUGGCAGCGAUGCAACAGGCCACAGCAGGAGCCUUGGGAGGGCCACAGCACUGUAGAGAGGAGCAGAUCCUAGGUCUUCAGGACCCAUCUGUCCCCCGUUCAACCCAGACCAACUACAACAACCUGCUGCUCAUCAGGAGGCACCUACAACAGGAGCAGAAGAGGCAGAUGGAACAGAUGACUGAGUGUCAGCAGGGGGCAACAUUUACAGGUGGUGGUCGGCCUCUCCCUCCAGAUUGUGUUGGAGGCGGAGGUUACCCCCUGGGUGUUCCCCAGCUAUCCCACGGUGGUCCCCUCCCAUCUGGGCCCGGCCACCUCUCUCUUCCCCCUGGACAUCCAGGCCACCCAGGCCAACCCGGACCCCCAGGAUCUCUCACCCAAGUGGGCAGGCCGGUAGGCGCCUUCAUGGGUGGUCCUCCAGGCUCCAAGCAGCCCCUCUAUCACCCUUCACAGGGUGGAGAGUUUGUUGGUGCUGGUGGUAUGCCAAUGAGACAACCACAGUUGGCACACGGCAUGAUGGGAAUGGGCGGUCCGGCUGGUCCUCCAAGGCCUGGGAUGCAGCAACAGGUGUCCAGGAUGGGGAUGACAAUCGGGGGGUUGGGGCCCGGGUCAGGGCCUGGGUCAGGGUCUGGUCACCCACAGCAUCUACGACAGGCCCUGCACCAUAGUGGUGGAGGGGCACCACUCCCACGUAUGAUGUUUACCGCUCAGCAAACACACCAACACCAACAGACUGCAAUGUGGCCUCCUCCGCAGCAGGGGGGGCUAGUGAAUUCCAUGCAGCAUCGCAUGCCCUGCAGCGAUGGCCACAUGGACCCAUCGGCUAAUCACCAGCAGUCGCACGGACACAUAUUUCCUGGAGGGGGUGGAAGCGCCAACGGAAGCUGCAACCCGAACCCCAACGCCCAGUUUACCCAGCAGGCAUUGCGAUCGGGGAUGCCCGGAGGCGGGGGUGGUAACAAUUUUGCCCCCCACCAAGGACCUCCAUCGUUACCCUCCAACCAAGGGGUCGGGGUGCCGUCCUUACCCAGGAGACUGAUGCAGAAGCUGGGUGUGUCCACGGCAGGGCAGCCCCUACCCUCCAUGGUCCACCAAGGGCUUCAGCCUGGUAUGAGGCCCAGGGGACCCCUCUCGGCCCUGGCUGGAAUGAAACCCAUUCCCCCUGGUAUGAUCCACCACCCAGGCCACGGUAUGGCCCCACCUAGCUAUCCUGCCUCUGGGGCCGUCGUCGCCAAACACCCACACCAACAUCCCCAUCCCCAUGGGCCUGGGUAUGGACCAGGUCAGGGGAACCCUGGACACAAGCUACCCCCGUAUGAGUACACUCAGCGGGGGCAGAGUAAUGGGGGGAUGGGGGGUAGACCUGGUGGUGGUGGAGGAGGGGAGGUAGACUUUAUUGAUACUCUGGUGGGGUCGAAUGAGGACUGGCUCAAUAACCUCACUAUGAUAGAUGAGUACCUGGAGCAGAACUCAUAGGAGUGUGGUCAAAGGGUAAAUGUCAGGGGUCAGUAAAUUGACCUCAUUCCUGUAUAGAAACACUGGGGUUAGGAGUGUGACAUGGACAGGGGAUAUAAAGGGCGUAUGAAGGCUUUAUAACUGGUAAUAACAGGUGUGUGUACAUUUCUAGAAGGUUGUAGAAAGUGCCAUGGUUAUACCUAACUUGAAUGGACGGUUUGAGUGAAUGUGAUUGGUUGCUUCAGAGUGAUCGGAGCACUACACAGCCAUUCCGCUGCUGCCACAUAAACCAACCUCCCUCCCCAAAAUGGCUACAUUCCCCACAAGGUGUGCUGUCCCUUAUCGCUGGAGGCCAUAUUGGAAAUAGGGAAUGGACUAAAAACGGAACUCACGGAACACAUGGAACACACAGAACCUCAUCAUCACAUGGUUACCUGGGAAACAGAAGCUUCACUCUAAAGAGCUAGCAACAGAGUAGUGGAGUCCAAGCAUUCUCAUUGGUUGUUUCUGUGUCUGAAGCUUGAACAUUGGACUAAUAAAGCUAUUUGAAAUCCUCUCCCUUGUAGGGAUUUCUCCUAUCAAAGGGAUAGGUGUAUAAAACACACUGUGAUUGGAUGAAAUCAAUGUCCUCCAGCAAUGCAAUUGGUCCAAUGUUUUUCAGUGUUUUAUUGUGAUCUGUUUCUAAAAUAGCAGUUGAAUUUGCAACACCAAAUCUGAGGUUUACUUUUGUAUCAAAGUCAUUGAGUGUGAUUUGGAAGCAUAGCUCAAAAACACAACAAUUGCAGAUUAACCAUUCGGAUUAUCUCCUGCUCUCACAUAAGGUCUUUGAGCCAGUCAAAGGUGAAUUAAUACACAGGGAAAUACAGCCAAUCCCUGAUCAAUUUGGGGUAAUAUAAAUCACUGAUUGGCCAACGGAACUACAGAGGUGAUCAGCCAAUGUUGCCAUGGCAAUUUGUUAUCACUAUUUUGAUUGAGAUCAGUUAUGUGGGGGCUUGUACAUAGUAAACUAUUUUGAUUGGGAUCAGGUCUGUGGGGGCUUGUAAAUAGUGAACUAUUUUGAUUGGGAUCAGGUCUGUGGGGGCUUGUAAAUAGUGAACUAUUUUGAUUGGGAUCAGGUCUGUGGGGGCUUGUAAAUAGUGAACUAUUUUGAUUGGGAUCAGGACUGUGGGGGCUUGUAAAUAGUGAACUAUUUUGAUUGGGAUCAGGUCUGUGGGGGCUUGUAAAUAGUGAACUAUUUUGAUUGGGAUCAGGUCUGUGGGGGCUUGUAAAUAGUAAACUAUUUUGGUAAACUGUAUCAUACACAAAAGAGAAGUACACAUAUUUAUACUUCUUUUCUGCAGAUUAAAAGUCUUCAGAUUCCCUUUGUACAUAAAUAAUAAAAUAAAAAGAUUGAAAUUAUAGCUCACAAAAUGAAAUCUGUUUUACACUAGAAGAAUCUUAUUUUAAUUUGUUUUAAAUAUGCAAGACAAUACAGUUUGGGUUUUUUCUCAGUAAUACUGUGUAUUACAAUGUUAUGACAUAAUUGUUAUGUUUUUGACAUAACGUGACUCCUGGUGCCCCAAUGGCAAAAGGGUUAUUUUCAAAGGUGAUGGAGAACAUUUACAAACACACACACACCAUCUCUCCAUCUCUCACUCUGGCACUACCCCGCACUCCAUACCUGUGAGGUGAAAGUUGAUCAUCUUGGUCCAUCUACUGUAGUGUAAUAUCUUUGUUCACAGACAAUAUAUCUGUCGAUUUAGACAUUAUCAACAUUUCAUUGCAAUCCAAGACUACAAUAUAAUCUGUUAGAUCUGUAUGACCUUUUCACAAGGUAAACAACGUGUAAAGUGGAAGGCACUAUCAUAGAAUUAGAAUGAGUAGAACAGGCACACCCAUUCAACUCAAUUGUGCUAUUGGGUUCCAAUUCCUUUCAUUUCGUUCUAUUUCUAAUGGCACUUUGCUAUGUAUGUCAUUCCAAUACCCACAACAAUCUGCUGUGCCGCACUCUAUAAGGACACAUGUAAAUAGUCUAUAGAGUUGGCUCCUCUCCUUGUCUCCUUUCAUUCAUUCACACGGAUCUGAACAAAAUUACUGGUCGGGUGAAAGCUGGUUUGCUCGUAGGAUUCCGCCAAAUAGCUUUCACCUAUCCUAUUCCUAUCCAUUCACAUUGGUGCUGAUGACAGAGAGGAGACUAGGAGAGUAAGCUUGUUAUGACUAUUAGGAGGCACCCCCAGCAGGGUUUCCCCUACCUUAGGACCACACGGCGAUUUAUAAGCCAUGACAAGGGGUUCAUCCAUUAUCUGUGAUUACAUUUUUGUUCUUGUCUUGAGUUUUUUUAUUUUAUAUAUAUAAUAAACUGUAUAGAUGGAAAAAAAAUAAUGAAAAUAAAUGCCGUCUGGCUUUUUUAUUUCA